UGCUCCCAAGACCGUUUCCUUCUGCCCUUUUGGCCAUUCCGGAUUGGCGCCUUUUUCUUCCUCCCUUUCCCCGCUUGUUUGGGCUUGGGCGACUCGGGUCUUGCGUCUGGCGAGCUUCUCUCCCCAACCUGUCGUGCGAGGCACCUUUCCUCUUGUCAGCCUUCCCACAGCCUCCCGUGAAGACUGAUAGAGAAGCUGGACGGAAUGGACUUAUGACUGAGCAAUUGCGAAACUGACAGGGACCAAAAAUAGACUGAUUCAUCUGUCCCAAGUGUGAACCCAGACAAAGUGGAGUACCUGUUCACAACUGAAGAAUUGCUACCUAGUGAAGUUCUGCUCCUUCUCUACUACAAGGAACACUGUCUACAGCAAAGAUUUAACACAAUGAUGACCCCUGAAGAAUGAUCUGAAGAAGUGGGGACUUGGGCUGAAAAUAAGUCAACCCCAAGUUCAAAUUACUUCAACCUUGUCUGAGUGUAACACUUUUCACCAGAGGAAUUGCUUAAAAGUUACUGUUUGCAGGUUAAGUGAACAGGAGCAGUUGCUCUGAAAAUCUGUAUUGAAAGAUUGCAGCUGUUGAUCAAGAAUGAACACAAAGGAUCCGAAAGUGACAGAAGGGGGCCUCAACGUCACACUCACUAUACGCCUUCUUAUGCAUGGAAAGGAGGUUGGCAGCAUCAUUGGAAAGAAAGGAGAAACUGUUAAGAAGAUGAGGGAGGAGAGCGGAGCUCGAAUCAACAUCUCAGAAGGCUCCUGUCCAGAAAGAAUUGUGACGAUAACAGGCCCAACUGAUGCAAUUUUCAAGGCUUUUUCUAUGAUUGCACUAAAAUUUGAAGAAGAUAUCAAUGCUUCAAUGACAAACAGCACGGUGACAAGCAAGCCGCCUGUAACGCUGCGACUUGUAGUCCCUGCCAGCCAGUGUGGAUCCCUUAUAGGCAAAGGAGGAUCCAAAAUCAAAGAAAUCAGGGAGUCCACAGGGGCCCAAGUCCAAGUUGCAGGAGAUAUGUUACCAAACUCCACGGAACGUGCCGUAACUAUAUCGGGUACUCCUGAUGCCAUUAUUCAGUGUGUAAAGCAAAUAUGCGUGGUUAUGUUAGAGUCUCCACCCAAAGGUGCCACCAUUCCUUACCGCCCCAAACCUGCCUCUGCACCCAUAAUUUUUGCAGGUGGCCAGGUAAGAGCAGACACCAUUUUGGCUUCAGCUGGAAACCACACCGUCUUGGCUCAACCGCAGACAGCGCCUGCAUUUACAAUUCAGGGACAGUAUGCCAUCCCUCAUCCAGACUUGACCAAGCUUCACCAGUUGGCUAUGCAGCAUCCCCCCUUUACUCCCCUUGGGCAGACCACCCCUGGUUUCCCUGGAUUAGAUGCCAGUACUCCAACCAGUUCCCAUGAGCUCACUAUUCCAAAUGAUCUAAUAGGUUGCAUUAUUGGCAGACAAGGCAGUAAGAUAAAUGAAAUCAGGCAAAUGUCAGGAGCCCAGAUCAAGAUUGCGAACGCCACAGAAGGUUCGUCAGAACGACAAGUAACAAUCACAGGAUCACCUGCAAACAUCAGCCUAGCACAGUACCUCAUUAAUGCAAGCAUAUACUUUCUCAAAGUUGAGUGUCUUGGAGAUGCCAUGCACCCAGUGGUCAACAUGUAACCAAGAAGAGCCCUUGAGCAUCACUGAUGUUCACAAAAUGUGUCCGCUACUGUUCAUAUAAGAACAUCUGCCGUGUUUAGACCACUGAGCAAAUUUCAGAAUAGGACGACUGCUUUGCGACAAUUUUCUCCCAACAAUUCAUUUAUGGGAAAUUUUCUGCAAUACCAGAGUUGCGGCCAACAGAAGUUGUUGGCCGACCACCUGCAGGUUAAUUUUUUAAAAAGCAGUCCAUGGGCAACCACAGAUCUAGCCAACAGCAGAAUGUGGCAAGGCAAAUCUCCCAACAAAAUCACAUAGAGGAAUGUUAAAUCCAACUCAAAGAUGCAGACACUAUGGGUAAAAUAACAGACUUAAAGUUCUGGUACAUGGUUUUAUCAAAUAAAAUGCACCGAGAAACUGAUAAAAAUGUCCAGUGACAGACAAUCUAGCCUCACAGAACAUACACACUGCAUUCCUUGUAUACAAGAUACACUGAUUGAAUUAAAACAAGCAAACUGCCAAAGGACUAGCGUUCAUCAUUUCAAUUUUGUGUGUGUGGUGUCAUGUUACUGAACCCUUUUCAGUGUUUGAAGAGGGAGAAGACACUUAGCCUAAAAAAAUAA